UCGCGAGAGCCCUUCGCGGUGGGGCGGGGCUGUGGCAGAGCGUGACCCGGCGCUCUCGCGCGGGGCGUUUGCGGCCUUCGGCUCUACCGUCGCCUCCACAACCGCCGCCGGAUCCGCUUCGUUCACCGGCCGCUCCACCUCCACUCCCCGGCGGUCGUUUCGCCCUCACCUGGGGAGGAGGAGGAGGAGAGUGGCCGUGCGAGCUCGCCUCGUGCUGCUAAACCGACCAUGACUCUCUCGGCCAAGGAGCUGAGCGCCCUCAUCGAGCUCGUGUCGGAGGAGGCCAGCGCCAAAAUGUCUCUCGAGUCGCUCUCCGCCGCGCUCGCCCACAGCGUCCCGCGAGCGCAGGUGUUUCGUGCCGGGGCGGCGCUGCUGGCAUUGCUCCAGCAGCCGGACCUUCUGCCCGGUGCCCCGCAGCGUCUUGCCGCUCUCUACCUCCUCUGGGAGAUGUACCGCACCGAACCGCCCGCCGCAAGCCCCUUCGCCGCCGUCUUCGCCCACCUCCUCGACCCGGCGUCUCCCUCGCCCACCGCUUCGGCGGUGGCACCAGCUGGAGGCCUUGAAUUUGGUGGAUACUACCAAAACUUCAACUCUUUCAACCAUGGCUUCCUGCCGCCCAUCACGGGUGCCGAGAAGUUCUUCCUGUCGCAUCUGAUGCUGGCACCGCCGAGAGAGCUCUUCAAGAAAACCCCGCGCCAGAUCUGUGCCACCGACAUGUCUACGGUGCCCUUGCAGCCUGUGGACAUCAGUGGGCUGCAGUUGGCACUCGCAGAGCGCCAGUCCGAGUUACCGACCCAGAGCAAAGCGGGGAUCCCUGCCAUCCUGGCUGACGCGGAUCCUGACUCCGGCUCGGGGCCUGACAGCACCGUCGCCGCACAGGUGGCGGAGGCGCUGCUCACCGGGACUCACCCGCCCAUCGACAGUCACCUGCGCCCAGAGUUCAUCCGCCCGGUGCCACCGCUGCACGUGUGUGAGGACGAGCCGGCCUGGAUUAACCCCACGGAGCCGGAGCACAGCGUGCGCUGGGACCGCUCCAUGUGUGUGCAGAGCAGCGCCGGCCUGGAGAUCAAGAGGCUCAUGGGCAAGGCGUUUAAGAGCCCACUCACCGUGCACCAGCAAAAGCAGGUGCUGAACGAGCUGGAGAAGGACCCCAAGCUCGUGUACCACAUCGGGCUGACGCCCAGCAAGCUGCCCGACCUGGUGGAGAACAACCCGCUCGUGGCCAUAGAGAUGCUGCUCAAGCUUAUGCAGUCAAGCCAAAUCACUGAGUACUUCUCUGUGCUCGUCAACAUGGAGAUGUCCCUGCACUCCAUGGAGGUCGUCAACAGGCUAACAACUGCAGUGGACCUUCCUCCAGAAUUCAUUCACCUGUACAUCUCAAACUGCAUCUCCACCUGUGAAAACAUCAAGGAUAAGUACAUGCAGAACCGGCUCGUGCGGCUCGUGUGCGUCUUCCUGCAAUCGCUCAUCCGCAACAAGAUCAUCAAUGUGCAGGACCUGUUCAUCGAAGUGCAGGCCUUCUGCAUCGAAUUCAGCCGAAUCCGCGAGGCGGCCGGCCUCUUCCGGCUCCUCAAGACGCUCGAGUGCAAUGAGGGUCCAUCCGACGGCAAGACGGGCAAGUAGGCGCGAGGUGCUCAUGGACGCUGAGCGUCCCACUAUGAGCAUCAUCAGCCGAGCCCACCUCGUCAUAUUUUCCUCUUCGUUGGACCCUGCAGAUCUCAAUUUUGCCUCGUUGAUGUGGAAUAAAAAAAAAAACACGUUGUGGAAACGUUUAAUUCUUUCAACAAACCCUGUUAAGAAGUCCGAUUGAAACUGACGUUUAGCCUCCUCCGUGACAACUGCUUAUGACACCGUUCUUUGUGAAUUUUGUGGCAGUGCCCAGCAGUGAAUGUGCAGUGGUCACAUUGUGAUUAAAAGGUCUUAUUUGGCCUGUCAAGAGGCCAAAUGAAGAACAGGCUACUAGACUCACAGGCUGGUAUCCAGUGUAAUGUAAGUGCACAGGACUGAGCUAUUCACUUUUUGACACACGUACUUUUUCAUACAAAUAACUUUUUUCUAUCGUGUAUUGGAAAACCAUUGUGUGCGGAAGAAAAGGUUGGCCUUCACAAUGUUAAAGAAUUGCAAUCAUCUGUCAAGUGUGACCCACGACUGUUAACAUUACCCUAGCCAUGGUAGCAAGUUGAUGCUUACAAAAUUGGUGACAUCCUGCAGUCAGUUGAGGGUUAAAACGAGCAUUUCCCAUACGUUUGUGGCUAUAAUACUGCUGCAUGCUGGGUGUAGGUUUGCUGUAGUUAAGCUGCACAAUGUCCAUUGUUGUUUCUUCUCGAAGACCAAGUGGAGCAAUCAGUAUCUUGGCUCACGGGUGAUUUUGUCAGUUGCGUUGUGAUUGUAGGUUUAACUUUGUCAUUCCAAAAGCUACAGAAAUGUUCUGACCAUGACCUCUUCUCCAUUGCCCAUUCCCUUCUCUUGCCCCUCCACUCCUUCCUGUCCCCUGCCCUUUCAUGACCCAGAUGUGCCCCAAUUACGGUCGCUCAUUCCUAGACUCCUACAUGUCACUCCCCUACUAAAUCACUAUUUUUGUUAACACUUUUAAACUAUGUAAAGCAACUUUGGCUAAAGCGCUCCAAAAAUGUAAUAUAAUAUGAUAUAAAAAAAAAAUCCCUUUUCACCAGGCCAAACAUUGUUGCAUGUGAAAGCUGAACACCGGGAAGAAUGGUGGCUGGGUGUUUGUCAAAAUGUGUAAAAUCGAUUAGAAAUUAUGCGGACCCUAAUCCCACGAGCAGCAGCAACUCCGGUGCCCACUCAGCCACCACCAAGCGCUCCCCACUAACACGCUUAUGCUGCUUCCAGCUCCGCUCGACAGUAUUAGCCUGUGCGCAGAUAUUGGAUUAUUCUUUAAAUCAAUAACACCUAGUGUACUCUAAACAGGCUGUUCAUUCAAUAUUAACGGGGAAAAAUACUAAAUUAAUUCCUCCUUCCCGCACUAUUUAUCACUUUGCUAUGAAUGUAACUAUAAUUUUCUCACAUUGUCUAGAUACCAGUGAUAAAACACGUUUCCUUUCAUCCUUAAAGCACACUCAAAAGAUAAUACUCAAUGUCUAGUACAUUAGUGCUUAACUCCUGGCUCUAUUUGACCAUGGUAAAUUAUCACGGUCAAAAUUCAACAUCUUUCUGCUGAAACCUAUUGGUAGCCACGAGCCAGUGAUGGAAACUAUGCUUACUGCUGCAUUGUUCUGACAUCGCAGUGCAAUGGAAUCUGAAGUUCUCAAUGGUAACUGGGCAGCUUUUACUCAAUGUAUGCAAAUCAUUUUAACCUCCCACACAACUGUAGCAACUACACUGGUUCCCUGUCUACUAUUGUUUAAAUGUAUCACUCAUCUAUAUAUGUUGACAUGGUCUUGCCCCAACUUAUCUUGCUCGUCUCGUAUCUUACUACCGUCCCGGCUGCCGCCCUGCGCCCAAUUUCGCUGUCGUUCCUUUUUCCCCUUGCUCCUCCUCACUGGAACGAACUUCUGCUGCACAUCAAGCAUCGUCACUAACCUGCUUCCUUUCCUCCAUUAAAACCAAUCUCUUCUUCCUAGCCCAUCCUGCUGAUCCCCAACUACAAGGCCUACCCCAACCUCUAACCCCCUCCCCCGCCUGUUUGCCCACCUUUCACCAUAACUACAGCAUCACUUUUAAUAACCCCCCCCUUCUUUAUCUCAAUGACGAUCUUGCAUACAAUUUUAGAAUUGCUGUAAAGCUCCUUGGAAUAAGGCGCUUCAAAUCUAUACAAGAUACGAAAUCGAAAAAAAAAGCAGUCGCUCCCCCAGUCGUGAACGUGGGGCACUUGUGGCCGGCUCUUCAGACUGGGCGUCUGAUAGGAGGUCGCGGUCGUAGUAUUUGGAUCUCGUCGUCCCAUGGAGCGGCGCACUCUUUUUGUAAAUUGUGAAGAGUAACUUUAGCUGUGCACGUGUAUGUCCUCGAGAGAAUGUGAACGUGGACGAAAAGAACACGUUUUGUUUUACGUUCAAGCCGAAGCCAUUUGGAUGAUCGCUUUCUCUGGAUACUUUUUUCUUUUUUUCAAAUAAAAUUUAAAGUUUUUGUCUUGGAGAGUGAACCAUAAGUGUUGGGUUGCCCGAUUGACGCCAUUAUUACAUCGAUCACUACCACUGGUAGCACCGUAUUUGUUUCAAGGCAAACCCUUUGGCCAUUGCCUCCACAGCAGCAUGCAUUAUGACCUGUGAAACCAAUGAUGGCGGAUAGCCCAGUGUUGUGACAAGAGCCAUGAUAAACGUAAUUCGACUCGGUGAAGUCAAAACUACGGUAGUCGUGGGGUUUGCAUUUUGUAAUGAAUGUUACUGGGAUAAGAAUGAUGUGGAAAGCCUGCUGGACAAUUUAUUACACGUUUUUGAAGCAGUCAAACAAACCCCACCCCUGCCUUCAGUGAUGCGUUUAUCACAUUGCCAGAGCAGUACAUAAUUACCUUUACAGGUAAAAAUCCUUUGUGAGAGCAGAGAGUGAAGAUGGCUAAAUAAAAUCAAUCUGCAUUUCAUGCAGUGUUUUUAAAAGCUGGCGAGGCACUUUUAAACCGGAGGAUAUUCUAGGCGCUUCAUUGAUGCUCACUGCAAGAUCCAUGCCAGAGUUCAUUAAGUAGCGACCAUUUGUCCACUAAUGUAAUGGACUCGCGAGGUUUCGGGAGGAACUGCAACGAUGCAAGAAUUGGAUAGGACACGUCAAUUGCAUUGACCAGCUUGUAAACAUUCAGCUGUUAGGGUUUGGGCAGAGUUCACGUGGAUCUCUCGGCUUUGUGCAGUCGCUGCACUCCCCCCCCCUGAGCAGCCUGGAGCGAGAGGGAAACGCCACCACAUGAGUGGUCACAAGAAGGCUCGGGGUACAAAAUUGAAGCGUGUGAAAUGUUUGUGUUUUUUAUUUGUGCUUUCUAGCUGAUGUGCAUCGAUAGGUGCAGCUCAUUUUCAGUGUUUGCCAUGGGACCUUCACUACUCUUAAUUGUUUUUGGUGAAAAAUCUGUUUCAGCCAAUGUUUGGAUGAAUUUCCAUUAUCAUUUUGUCAUGAGGUGGUUUCCCCCCCGCCCCCCCUCACUAAAAAUAGACAAACGUUGCCAUGAGCAGCACAUGAGUCUGGCUUCAUCCGAGCUCAUGCACUGGGUAAAUCUGGUACUGUAAUUGAAGUUAUAUUUCCUUAGCGUUUAACAAUGCCUUUCACAUUUUGUUCGCGAGUUUUAACCGUAAAAUCAUGCAGUCAUGCAGCGUUAAGAGAGUUGUGCUUAGCUGAACACUCGGUGUUCCAGGCGCUUGCGUAUAUGGGAAAUGUUUAGAGGUUCACAACUGCACUGCGAUCGUACCACGGGCAAAAUGAAGGACGCUUAGAUCUUUCAGGUGGCUGUGCUCUGCUGCAAGGGACACGAGAAAACGAAACCACCGCUGACUUGCCCCCACUUUAAGCUGAAUGAUAUUCCAGCAGAAAAGAAAUUCACUCCUCAUUCGAGCCAGACACAAAGCGAUGAUUGGGGGGGGAGGGGGAUGGUAGCUCAGGGUGAGCUGAACGGUGAACGCGAUGGCAGCACGGCUAAAUCGGGAUGUGUGAACCGGAGCUGUUGGCUGCGAAGGAUCCACAAUUUCGUUACCAAGGAUUCUCUUUGAGCAGACUGCUGCCGAGACGGGAAACUAGAAUCGGUUCGACAUGUCACAAAACGUGCCCACCUUUCCAAGCCUUGGGAAGUGAACUUUUAGGAGUGCAGCUUUAGAAAAUUCACAGCGACGUGUUAAUAUUCCAAGGCCCGUUACGAGCAAUUCGACAGCCGAGGAACUUUCAAUUGGAGGCAAAAAUGUGCAGUGUAUGCAACAUUGGGCACUCUAAUUUCACAUAAAUGUAAAUGUUUCAAUUACUAUUAGACACUUGCAUUGAUAGAGCAUUCCCUGUUGCUUUACUAAACAAGCGAUUAGCGUCAUUGUCAAUUAGAUUGGUAUUGAAAUAUUUGCCCUAAACUGGAGGCCAUUACAAUGAGUAUAUCGUAAUGCUCAUUGUAGUCUUGUAAGGCAAUAAACCAUAUGUAAUUGAAGCAGG